AUGGCAACCCGGUAGCUGGCGUCUGAAGAUGGAGACCACUGAGUCUACCGAGGGAUCACAGUCGCGAUCUUUAGACGUACAGCCCAGCUCCGAAGGACUAGGGUCUAUUUCGGAUCCCUUUCCUUCUUGGGAUGGCCGUCAUAGGUCAGCCCUGGAAGCUGCAACCGCAGAAGCUUCAGCAGCUGCUGCAGCCACUGCAGCCGCCUCCACUGCCAAAGCAGCUGCAUUAUCUACAAAGACCCCAGCGCCCUACUCUGAACGGAGCCUUCUCAUGGAGCCCUCCUCUGAAAGUCUUCUUGGGGAGCGCUACACUGGACCCAGAUUUACCCACAAGAUAGGCCACGGGAGACUUGGCUUUGAGCCUGUCUCUGUUUCCCAUAUUGCUUGGAAUCCCUAUACUGCAAAUGACCUUAGUUCUAGCCGUGGUCCUGUUCCUGGCUCCAGCUCUGGCCCUGUUCCUGGUUCCAGCUCUAGCCCUGGUCUUGGCUUCAGCUCUGACCCUGGGCCUGGCUCCAGUUCUGGUUCUGGCAGUGGCUCUGGUCAAGGUCCUGGCGACGGCUCUGGUCGAGGCACUGGUCCUGGUCCUGCCGCUGAUUCUAGGCAUAGGCCAGGCUCUGGCCAGGGCCCUGGUUUCAGCUUCUCUGCUCCUUCAGGCUUCAGAAAACCCAGGGCAGAUCUGCUCCCUAAUUAUGCCUCCUGGUGUCACCACAGCCACUGGGAGCCUCAGAAACAACCCUGGAAAUUUUUGAAAGUCUCAGAACCUGGUGCCCGAGGGCUGUGGAAGCCCCCUGAGGUUGAAGGGACAAGUAAGGUUCUCAAUGAAACACGGCCACGGGGCCAGUGCCUUCUCUACAACUGGGCGGAGGAGAGAGCCACCAACCACCUGGAUCAAGUCCCAAGCAUGCAGGAUGGCUCUGAGAGUUUCUUUUUCUGGCACGGACACCGGGGACUGCUGACCCUGGAGCCACAGUCACCCAUGUGCUCCAGCACCACCCAGAAAGACUCAUACCAGCCCCCAGGAAAACACUCUCAGCCAAUUCGAGGGAAGCGUGAAGCCAUGCUGGAGAUGUUCUUGCACCACCAGAUCUGUAAAGAGGUGCAGGCAGAGCAGGAACCCACAAGGAAGGACUCUGAGGUCGAGUCUGUGACACACCACGACUACGGAAAGGAGCUGGUGCAAUCAGGGCCUCCUGCCCCAACAAAGGUAAGAACCCAUCCCACCCCACUUGUACAGCUGGGCCCUGACAGGCUGUGGGAAAGCAGCAGGCCCAGAGGUUGAGAGAGGGAGCUUCAGGGCAAGAUAUUCAGUAUCUCUCCCUCACAGCCUCACGACUACCGUAAGGAACAGCCUGAAACCUUCUGGCUACAGAGGGCACCA